CUAUGACGCAGACGUAUGGCCUCAGCUGGGCUGUUAAAAAGUUCAAAUAUCGCGACAAAGACGUCAGUUCAGUACAACUCCUAUUGUUCCGCCAGGCUCUCUAUACGCACGAAAUCACAUCCAUCAUUCGCCAUGACUAAGACGAACGAGGAUCUUCUUCGGCGGCCCUUGUAUCUCUAUGAUCUGCCUGCCGAAGUUUUGGACACUUUGGUGCUCAAAUCUGAUACGGACGCCGAAGCUGAGGCAAUCGCUGCCGCCGAAGCCACGAAAACUUCUUCUUUUGAGAGCGCGUCGUCGUCAGAUUCGAAUCUCGUCGGGACACAAGCGUGCUCUUUGUGCGGUCUCACAUUCACAACAGUAAUCGACCAGCGGGGGCAUCUCAAGUCUGAUUUUCACCACUAUAAUCUCAAGCAAAAACUGCGAGGACAAAAACCCGUGUCAGAGGCGGAAUUCGAGAAGCUCGUAGGCAACCUGGACGAAUCAUUAUCGGGUUCUGAUUCAGACGAGUCGGAAGAAGAGGAGGAAGAUGGCCGACAAGACUCAACACUGACUGCGCUGUUGAAGAAGCAGGCGAGAUUGGCUGACAAGGCGAACGAUUCAACCGGAGAUGAUGAUGACGAAACGGCAGGAAAGCCAGGUCGCGGCAAACCACCUCUGGUAUGGUUCAGCUCUCCGCUGCUUCCAGAGAAGACCUACUUUGGCAUGUACCGCGCAAUCUUGACGGGCGAGGAACAAAGAAACCAGGAUCUGGUGGAGGUGUUGAAGAAGAAGCAGGUCGAGCCUAUAUCCAUGCCCAAGAUCCCUAAGGAGGGCGCCUUACCAGAGGUCGCAUACAAGGGUCCUCAUAUCUUUCUCUGUAUGAUUGGAGGUGGCCACUUUGCGGCCAUGGUCGUAUCUCUUGCCCCACGAUCCAACAAGAACGGCACUACCAUGAAUCGAGAAGCGACGGUGCUUGCUCACAAGACCUUCCAUCGAUACACAACCCGACGAAAGCAAGGUGGUUCUCAAUCGGCCAACGAUAAUGCGAAGGGUGCUGCUCACUCGGCUGGUUCAAGUUUGCGACGAUAUAACGAACAGGCUUUGGUAGAGGAUGUGAGAACCCUUCUCCAAGACUGGAAAGCCCUCAUCGACACAUCAGAGUUACUGUUCAUCCGAGCAACAGGUGUGACAAAUCGAAGAACGCUCUUCGGCCCCUACGAAGGACAGGUGUUGAAGCAUAAUGAUACUCGACUGCGGGGCUUUCCCUUCAGCACACGGCGAGCGACGCAGAAUGAACUUAUGCGAUCCUUCAUCGAGUUGACGCGACUAAAAGUCCGUGAGAUCGAGCCUGUGCAGGAACAGAAGAAAGACUCUGGGUCAGCGACUCCAACAAAGACGAGUACAAAGCCCUCAAAACCGAAGUUGACAGAAGAGGAGGAGACUGCUUUACUCCACACAUCUCAACUUCAAGCGUUUGUACGAAGGUCGAAAGUCCCUGCGCUACUCUCAUACCUUAAGAACAACAACAUAUCGGCCGACUUCGAGUUUCAGCCUGUGGAGCAUAACCACCACGCACCACGACCACUCCAUCUUGCCGCGGCUCAAAACGCUGCACCAUUAGUACUUGGCCUUCUCGUUCGUGGCGGAGCGGAUCCUACCAUAAGGAAUAACGAUGGCAAGACGCCCUUCGAACUGGCUGGUGAACGCUCGACGCGCGAUGCGUUCCGGGUCGCCCGCUCCGAGCUCGGAGAGUCUAAGUGGUCCUGGGAGGAUGCCAAGGUACCGCCAGCCAUGACCAAGGCUGAAGCCGAUAAACGUGACGAGCGGGAGAAGAAGGAAGCCAGUGACAAGGAGGCGGAGCGUCGGCGCGCUGAAGAGGAAAGAUUACAGGUUGAAGGUCCAAAGGUUUCAGAAGGACGAAAACAGAAGGGAAAUGCUCUGGCGGCGGGGCUCAAGAAGACACCACAGGAGAGGAGAGAGGCGGAAGAGAGAGGUUUAACGCCUGAGAUGAGGAUGAGGUUGGAGCGUGAGAGGAGAGCCCGAGCUGCGGAGGAAAGACUACGCAGGAUGCAAGGCAGCGGGUAAGCUUGGAUGCCAUAAUAGACCAAUACUCAAAAUAGACUAAUGCAACUACAUACUACAUCCUGGUUCUAUUA